UAUUGCUAUUUUAUUUGCAGAAGUAGAAUAUUUAUUCAUACUGAGUUUGUGGUUCAAACUUGAAGCAAAACAUAAAUGGCUGCCGAAAAGCAGGGAAUGUAUCCUCCCGCGGGAGAAAAUCCGCCAGCCUAUCCUGGUGGACCAGGACCUGCCGCGCCGGGACCGCAACAGCCGCCUCCAGGUGGGUACGCUGCACCCCCUCCAGGUGGUUACGUUGCACCGCCCCCGGGUGCCUAUCCUCCUGGCCAAGGACCACCGUAUCAGACACAAUACAACGCACCCCCAGGAUCAGUGCCACCCCCAGGCUCAGUGCCACCCCCAGGAGGUUAUAUUGUUGGACAACCCGUUGUGGUCGGACAACCAAUGGGUCAACAAGUUGUGAUUGUUCAGCAACAUAUGUUCAGGCAAUCUCCUGUCAACACAGUAUGCCCACACUGCUCUCAGAAUAUAAUUACCAGUACGAACGCCGAAGCUGGAGGUUUGACUUGGUUAUUGUGUGCUGGAAUAUGUCUGUUUGGUUUUUGGCUUGGCUGUUGCCUCAUUCCGUUCUGUAUCGAUGAUUGUCAAGACAUACGCCACUCCUGUCCCAACUGCAAGAAUACUAUUCACGUGUUCAGAAGGCUUUGAAGCGUGACGAAAACAAGGCCGGAGUAAACCACCUGAAGUCUGUGUCAACCGGUUCAAAUUUUAAGAGCUACGUAUAACUGUAAAUAUUAUACUGAUGCGGUAAUUCCGUCUCAAGAACACUUAUGCCCUUGGCAAAGGCAGAGCAUUUUCCAGAUCGUUUUGUGGAUGGAUAGUGCGAUUCACCAAUCACAUAAAAUUAAUUUUUAGAGACCAUUGUUACAUACACAUAUUGUCAUAUUAACCCUACAAAUCGUGCAUAUCAAUUUUUAUUUCAUUAGCACGGUCCAAUACGAUGAAUCCAGUUUUAUUUACUUUAACUACUUGGGAUACAGUGAGAAAACUUUCCGACAACAAAGAUAUUAUAUAACUCGUACACAUAAAAUGAUUCCUUUUUCGAUAACACAAUUGAUAAGCAGUUUGGAGUGUCCUGCUAGCGUUAUUUUGCCUAUAUACAUAUAGUAAACAUUCAUCAUCGUGGCGCGAUUUCGGAUUUCUAUUUUCCAUUUGCCUUCUUUUGUUUGAUCAAUACAGAACGGUCAAUUUUUGUAAGCAAUCUAAGUUUACUUCAUGUCUAUUUUUAUCACUUUUGAUAAAUAUUUUAAAUCAUGCUUUGUUACUGAGCCUUUCGGAGAAUUUUGUAAAUAUACUGCCACAGUGCCCAUUGCUGUUCAUAGACUUAGUAUUUCAAUAAUAAAACGUCUUUCUUAAUCAAGAGAAAUAAAUGAUAACAUUUCACUUACACUGUUGAAAAAUAUUUGCUAACUUGACGUGCAUAUGUACUAAAUUGUUUGAUUAUAAAAAAGCUCUGAAAACAAAAAUGCAUUUUGAUGGAAAAAAAACUGGAUAAAGUCAUCAAAUUGUUUAUAUAUGGCAAAAUAUAAUUUUGUCUUAUUUUAGUUCAUUUUAUUGCAUAAUAAUUUCGUGUUUUAGUUAGGCAUUCAUUGUCUAUCAUUUUAAUCAUGAUAUAUUUUGACAUCUGCAUCAUUUACUGUUACAAUAAGAAGGUCGAUUUUCAUACAUUCAAUUCAAAUAGACAUUAUAAAUUUAAUGAUCUUAAAUUGAAUUAUUGUUAUUUAAUUUCAACCUUAUUCGCGAAUAGUUAGCUUUAAUUAGUUCGAAUCAUACCACAAAUCUAUUAACACUAUCUAAAAAAAUGGAAUGUCACUUUCAUACCCAACUAAUUGUGAUCUUUUAUUGCUAAAUUGUUUUUAUGUUUUUUCUUCAUCAAGCAUGAGUUAUUAAAUAAAUGCCGUUUUAGGGGAUUGGAAUAUACAAAUGACAGAAUAACUAGGCUGUAAUAAAUUUAGCUGAUACUUAACGGAAAGACUCUUUUCACGCUCAUUAUGCCUCCUAUUUGGCUACUAUUCAUUCUCUUUGUAGCGGAGGUAUAUGCCCUUAAAAGAAAAUCUAAGAUUUGGGUAUGAAAAUUUCAUGUCUUACAUAUCGGCUUGAUAUAUGUUGAUUAUCUGGAAUUUGAAUUGUGUCGCAUAAUUGAUUUUCAUCCAUGCUAUUUUCGGAUUGGAUCAGAUUGAACUCAUGCUUGUUGGGGAAAGAACUAAUGACAUCAUUUUAACUAGAUAUUAAACAAUAUUGCAUAAACGUGUUUUUUUUUUCAAAAAAGUAAAGAUAAAGCUUCAUUAAACUUU